GCACCCUACUCUGUGUCCUUCUGAACCCUGGGGCGUCAGCACUUGUUCAGCUUGACAUAGACAGACAGAAGACACACUGACGGACAGAGGAGACACUGCUGCCGAGUUGUAAGCAUUUCAUACAACUAUGGAGGGGAAAGAGCAGUCUACUGGAAGACUUCACUUUGUGGGGAAAAAAGAUGAACUGAUUGCAGCAAAGCGCUCGUUCAGAACACUGGAAGGCCGGGAUAUUCUGAUCGUCUACCAUCAGGGGAUCCUCUACGCUUUGGAUUCCUACUGUUAUCAUGCUGGGGGAGAGCUGCAAACAGGAGACAUUGAGGAAUUUGACGGCAAGCUGUGCAUAGUUUGUCCAAAGCACAAGUACAAGAUCUCUCUGGCCAAAGGGGAGUGUUUAUACAAGGCCGCUGACCCCAGUGAAAAGCCACCGGUGCCCAGAUGGUAUUCCAAAGGUGUGAAGCAGCGGACUCACGGAGUCACUGAGACCAACGGGGACGUCUACGUCACGCUCUCUCUGGAAACCAAAUGGAUCGAGUCAGACUUCUACCAGGGAGAGAAGGGGAAAUUGGAAAGGGCCAAAACUGAGAAAGCAGAGAAAGCAGAGAAAGCAGAGAAAGCAGAGAAAGCAGAUAAAGCAGCAUCCUCAGAGUGAAAGAAGGGGAAGCAGAUUUCAUCUCUUUUUUGUUUCCUGUAUAGAGCGGAUGUCAGAUGUCAUGAGGCCUUACAAUGGAUUUUAUGUCUUGCAAAAAAUGUUUUGCAUUUGCAAACGUUAUCAAAACGAUCAUAUAGUUCAAUAAACUAACAAUAAACACUGA